UGGGAGUUGAGGAUUAUAUUUCAUCUACACGACAUAAGCAGCAGAAUCAUAUCUCGCUGAGGUCAUUAGGCGAGUGGUUUCAUUGAUUACGUUUAUAAAAUCUGUCGAUACGCUUUCUUUGAGUACUUGAACAACCAUGGCUCCAACUCCUAGUCAUACCGAGGUUCCGCAGUCGACGAUUGAUCACUUCAAAUCGAUACCAUGGUGUUCACCUUCUAUCUCCGAUCCAUCCUUCCGUCUCGUGAGCAUGUCGCGUACUCUUACCCAGCCUGGAAAUGGCCAUUCUCUUAUGGCGGCCACAUGGAACACCGACGAAACGAUCAAGGAGCUGCUUUCAAUGUACCGGCCUGCUGACAAGUCCACUGGCCAGACCGGGGAGGUUCGCAGGUUCUAUACAUUUGGGACUGGACUGAAUUCCCAUGCGAACGUGCUUCAUGGUGGAGUGAUUGGCUCGAUUCUUGAUAGCAGUAUGGGGAAUGCCAUUGGCCAAGGGAUACCAGACCGAACCCCAACUUUUACCGUACAGUUGAAUAUCAGCUACAAGAACCCGGUUAAAACACCUGGAACCAUUAUGGCACGUUCAUGGGUCGUGAAAGCAGAGGGGAGAAAGAUAUGGGUCCAGGGGGUGAUUGAAAGUGGCAACGGGAUUGUUCAUGCAACCUCUGAAGGCAUCUGGCUCAGGGCAAAGCCAAAUAUGUGAAAGAGGAGGACGACAACGGAAUCAGAUAUCCUCUAUAUUCGAAAAGGAUCGGUGCGGAUGUGACACCGAGGAAACUUGGACGGCUCAUGCCAUCUGGAUCGGCAGAUUUGGCAUCAUCAGAUGCCGCUUCGCUCUAGCCAGAUUAAACAUACGCAUUCAACCUGAAGACUUGCUGCGAAAGACUCAUUCACUUCCACGACCGCCGUUUAUGCAGUGCUCGGCCUGACUCAAACCACAUGCAUAUCUGGUAUUUACAUUUGUGGCAUAGGCCACAUCCACACAGGCCGUCAGCGAACAAGAGCUAGCAGAGGAGCGGGAGAAGGAAAAAUUCAUACAGCCAACCUCAGAACCUUACAGUCACCCCCCCUACUA